AUAUACUAGGCCCAAGUAAUGAGCCCAAGUUAAACUAGAUUCACGUUAACGGUCGUUAUCGUUAAUAAUGAAUCAAUGGUGAAUUUAAAACAGAAAACACCCGUUUUUUGGUCUUGUUCUUCUUCCUUGUUUUCUCCGAUGUAACCAAAAUCUACGCAGUUUUGGUCUGAAAAAAUGGCAGCUUUAUCAAGUUCCAUUGCCAUGCCGAUGAAUCAACAGACCCAUUUUAUGUCAGGAAAUCUGAUAUUCAAGUUAUUUAAUGUCAGGUUCCAUGUAGAAGCCAGGUGAUACAUGCUUCUUGAAAAUGACCUCCACUAAACCUUUUCCAGGUUUCUCCAUAAGAGCUAAAGCGUCACGUAGGUCGUCGCUAAUAGCUCGAGCAAGGUAGAAAAUAACACAUAUCUUUCUGAUGUAUUUACAUUAGAAAGCAUAAAAAUGGUGAGUGGCGAUGAUGGAAGACCGAGUAGUGGAAGUAUUUUUGUUGGUGGAUUUGUAUUAGGGAGCCUAAUUGUUGGAGCAUUGGGUUGUGUUUAUGCACCUAAGAUAAGCGAGACACUAGCUGGAGCAGACACUAAAAAAUUAAUGAGGAAACUUCCAAAGUUUAUAUAUGAUGAACAAAAAGCUCUCGAGAUCCAUCUAUCAACUAGCUAUCCACAUGAUAGUUUUAGGAGCUACGUGCCCAACGUGGGUCUGAGUUGUUCCUCAUCUGAUCAAUCAUGGCAUGCUGAAAUAAUGACAUGGCCAAAGCAGGAAACCACAUACCCCACUAGCAAUAGCACUUGUGGUAGGAUCCUGAAUCAUGACAAGAAGACUCGGCAGAUGCUAAGUGAGAAAAUAGCACAACUGAAUUCCACCAUAGAUGUUGUUUCUGCACAGCUGCGACCAGAUCAAGUCCAACAUGAAUCUGCCAAAGUCUCAGAGGAAAUUGGAGUUUUUCCACAUAAUAAAUUUUAACUUUUAUUUUCCUUUCUUUCUUGUUGGUCAUGAAAUGUGAUUUAAGUUUUACAAGUGAAAUUUUGUGAUCACAAUUAACUAUUUGUUUUUAUAAUGGUUACAGACGUUAGUCCUAAC